GUUUCAAGAACUCAUGAUAACUGAAAUGUAAUAUUUAAAUGGCUGAUUUAUAUAUGUUUGUUUCACUGAAAAAAAAAAGUUGUUGAAAUGUUGUUUGUGUUCCAGCCCAAACUAAAUUAAUAGGUGGGAGAAAUGGAUGCCAAUGUAACGGAGGUGGACGAGUUUUGGCUGUUCCUGAAGAAGAUGGAGGCUGGGUGGGGCGCCACAGUUCUGCUGGUACCAUGCGUGGUGGUGCUGGCAGCCGCUUUGUUGCAUGUUUACGCUUUGGUGUCGGGCCUUUUGUCCAAAUCUUGUGUGCGGAACAAAGUGGUGCUGCUCAGCGAUGCUUUGUCCACCCUCGGGAAAGAAUGCGCCAGUGUCUUCCAUGAGGGUGGCGCAAGAUUGAUCCUGUGUGGCAAAAACUGGGAGAAACUCCAGGAGCUCUCGAAUGACCUAAUGGACGCCUCCGAUCCGAGCAUGACAUUCCCCCCUAAACUGGUGCUUCUCGAUUUUGGACAAAGAGAGUUGCUCCCCGAUUCCAUCAAGGAGGUCCUGGAGUGUUAUGGUUGCGUGGACGUUCUCAUCCUCAACGGCAACCUGAAGGUCAAAGCGCCUGUGUACAUGUUGACCCUGGAGAUGGACAAACUUCUCAUGGACAACAACUAUUUCGGCCCCGUCGCGCUGGUUAAAGGUGCCCAUGGAGAUGUAUCUCACAAACAAGGGGGAAAAUGGGUUUCAUGGUGUGGUUUGUUUAUUGCAGGGGUCCUGCCCUCUAUGACGGCCCGGCGCUCAGGUCACCUCCUGCUGGUCAACAGCAUUCAGGGGAAACUGGCGGUGCCUUUUCGUACCUCCUAUGCUGCGUCCAAGCAUGCGGUGCAGGCCUUCUUCGACUGCCUCCGUUCCGAGGUGGACGAGUUGGGCAUCUGCGUCAGCACCAUCAGUAUCACCUUCAUCAGUUCACGUGCAUCUGAGAAGCAGAAAGGCACAGACGCCAAGUCUUUCUGGUCGUAUCUAUACACAAAGAAGCCACUGGGUAUUUCGUCCAGUAAGGCAGCCAAUGAGGUGGUGAAGACUUUGAGCAACAAACGUAAAGAGGUGUUGAUGGCCCCUUCGCUCCCAAAAGUGGCCCUGUACGCACGCUCUUUCUUUCCCAAUGUGUUCUUCGCAAUCAUGGCGGCGGGCGUAAAGGACUCCACUACUACCAAACUAUAGUUCUGUUAGAUUUGGAGACUGUUUUAAAUAGAAGAGUGACUUUUAAAUGUACUAUUUAUUAUUAUUAUUAUUAUUAUUAUUAUUAUUAUUAUUAUUAUUAUUAUCAGAUGUCGUAUUGUAUUCAAUAAUAAAUA